CCCAGUCUGAUGACUCUGCCUGAGACACUCACUUUAUGCUCUGACUUAAGAUCUGGGGCCUCCGCAUCUAACAAAGCUAAUUGAACCUUACUCAUUUGCCCUUUGAACAUCACUAAAAUGACGUCGGAUACUUACAAAGUUGCUGUUCUUACCUCAUCACAGGAGCACAAUGCCAAGCCCACGUUUGAGAUCAAGCAGCUCCCAAGACCCGUUCCUGGUCCCAAUGAAGUCCUCAUCCGCCUUUCACUCACCAGUCUAUGCGGCUCUGAUCUAGGUAUGGCCUUGGGCCAUAUGGGGCCCGUGGGGAAGAUCCUUGGCCAUGAAGGCGUAGGCAAGGUCGCAGAGCUUGGUUCCAAUAUUGCCAACUUGGACCCCAGUGUCCAGGUUGGCCAAAGGGUUGGAAUAGCGUGGAUCCGUGAUAUUUGCGGAACCUGCAGCAUGUGCGUUGACAUCGCCAACGAGGGCGAGACGCGAUGUGUCGAAGCCUUGCACUCUGCCAAAGCAUAUGAUGGUACCUUUGCCGAGUAUACGCUUGUGCCAUUGCGAUACCUGGCUCGUAUUCCACCAACCUUCGAUGACAUCCCCGAUGAAGAGAUUGCACCGAUUCUUUGUGGAGGAGUUACAGCUUACAAGGCUAUCAAGAACUGCAACCUCACACCAGGCCAAUGGGUUGUCAUUUCCGGCGCAGGCGGCGGUGUAGGAGCUCUCGGUGUUGCGUAUGCUCACGCUAUGGGCUAUCGAGUCAUUGCUGUUGACGCUGGUCCUGGAAAAAAAGAAUACUGCAAAGCUCAAGGCGCUGAACAUUAUGUAGAUGCUUUGUCUGGCGUAGAUGCGGGAAAACAAGUCAAGGAUCUAACUGAUGGUCAAGGAGCUAAGGCCGUCGUCGUCACCGCAACUGCUGCUGCUGCGUAUCAGAAGGCGUUCGACAUGCUGGGACCGUUCGGCACAUUGAUGUGUGUAUCAAUUCUUCCAGAAGAGGCCAAAAUUUCCUUCCACCCACUCUGGUUCAUUGACAAUGGCUGGACCGUGAAAGGGUCGGCAGUAGGGACGAGGGCUGAUAUCCUUGAGGCUUUGCAAUUUGUCAAGCGAAGACUCGUGAUCCCCAAGAUCAAGUGGGCCAAUCUCGAGGAUAUUGAGGGUCUGAUGGAGCAAAUGUCCAAAGGACAGUUGGAAGGAAAGUAUGUCAUGAAGUUGUAGAGUUGGAAGGCGGAGCGCGGAGUUGGGGAGAGCUGGGAAUUUGUGUUUGUGAUUUGCAGAAAGUAUUGAAAGUCG